AUGUGCCUGAUAGAGGCAAUGACCCACGGCGGACCAGACAUCAAUUUAGCGGCGUCUGCGGCCCGUCUGCAGCGGCUCGCUGCCCAGUCAGUCAUUAUUGCUUCCCACGGUGUCAAUGUUACAAGUGGCGAUAUCGCUGUUAUUUGUCCCCAACGGUCUAAGUUUAGAUCCCACAUGGGCGGCACGGGAGCUGCAGGACGGCUGGAGUCCGAGGUCCGGUCGUUGACUGGGGACAUCCAGGAAUGGUUAGUGGUGAUUGUAAUCGCUAUUUCCACUUGCAUCACGGCUGCACCAUGGCGGGACGAAUUCUUACAACAGAGAGUCUGCGGUGACCGGCUCGCCAACAUGCUCGCUCUGGUGUGCUCGGGGAGAGGGUACAACAUGCCCUUCAGACAGAGCCAUCGUAAACGAAGACAAAUAGUAGAGGAGUGUUGCCAUCGCAGCUGCUCAGCCUCAAUGCUUGCGCUCUAUUGUGGCCCAGACCUCCCUGAGUCCUCCACUGGCACACCAAUCAGGAAAAGAAGUGAGAAUCACGAGGAUGUCUUGGACUCUCACUUUGAGGAAGACUCCAUAGCCACGACAACUCGUACCAGUCCAUCUCAGGCGGAAGUCGGGAACAAUAACUUGCUUCAAAACAAACAAAUAACGUCAUCAAGCGAAAGUGAGUCAAAAAACAUGCUGCCACAAAAUGAAAAGGCAAGAAACACAGAGAAGACCAAUCCAGCGGUGCAUUUGGAGAAGGAUACUCAGUUCUUCAUGAGGAGGAAUUUACCACUCCUAAGACAUCAUAAGAACCUACUCCGUAACACGAGGCACUAUCACGAGCAGAGUCAAGGAUACAACUCAAAGAGAGCAAAGGGUCUGUUCGGCGUUAGCGGAGACCUUACGAAGACCUUCCGUAUUGGAACGGUGAAGCCCUACUUCGCUGGCAAGGCUCUGGCCUCCCACCGCAACAACCAGAUCCUGCACGGUCCCCUAUCGUGAGGCUCCCAGUCUUCAGUACCCUUGAGACAUUGAAAUAAAGCAUACCUUUCUUACGUUUUCGUGAGACGAGGCCUUGCAAUUUUAUCUUC